AUGGCAACCAGGGAAGCUGGCGAAGAUCUCGCAGACAACGAUCACUGGCUACUUCCAGUCCACAAAGACGAUGAUGAUUCCGACGACGGGCAGAAGGACUGGCUUAGCGAUGACUUGGACGAUUCGAUCGAGACCGACUUUGCUGAGCCCGACUACGAGGGGUAUCAAGAUAUCUUCAUGGAGCACGAGGACGAUGAGCUAAGCUCUUUGGAAGACGAGGAGGAUGCGGACGAUUUGACGGAGGAUGACUUUCGCGAUGAAGGGUUGACGGACAUCGACAGUGACGAUGAUAGCGUAGGAUGCGAGGACUUGAUGGACGUGGAUGAGUGCGGUCAAGAUGAGUAG